CCCGGGACCUGCGCGUCUUAGCAGGCGGUCUUGGCCGGCAGCCCGCGUGGGCGCUGCGAUCGCGACGUUGCAGGGUGGCGAGGUUCUGGUCUGGCGCAGCCUGCGUAGCUUUGGUGGCGACAGGGGGCGGGGCCGGCGAGGCCCCAGUGACCCGGGUGCCUCCCGCCGGGCCGAGGGACCCAGCCUGCGGCUCCGGAGCCGGGCCGGGCCGCCGCGUGACCGCCGUGGUCACGCCGUACUAAAUCACUACUCGCUCGUGCACCGGGCUGGCGGCGCUCGCCCUCCCCCGAGCCAGGCGGCCCAGGGGAUUUUUGUGGUGGCUUGUUCUGAAAUGCCAAAGCCACCCGAUUACUCAGAACUGAGUGACUCUUUAACGCUAGCCGUGGGAACAGGAAGAUUUUCGGGACCGCUGCACAGAGCAUGGAGAAUGAUGAACUUCCGUCAGCGGAUGGGAUGGAUUGGAGUGGGACUCUAUCUGUUAGCAAGUGCAGCAGCAUUUUACUAUGUUUUUGAAAUCAAUGAGACUUACAACAGACUGGCUUUGGAACACAUUCAACAGCACCCGGAGGAGCCCCGGGAAGGAACUACAUGGACACACUCCUUGAAAGCUCGGUUACUUUCUCUGCCUUUUUGGUUGUGGACAGUUAUUUUCCUCAUACCUUACUUACAGAUGUUUUUGUUUCUUUAUUCUUGUACAAGAGCUGACCCCAAAACUGUGGGCUACUGUAUCAUCCCCAUAUGCUUGGCAGUUAUUUGCAAUCGCCACCAGGCAUUUGUCAAGGCUUCUAAUCAGAUCAGCAGACUCCACCUGAUUGACACAUGAACUCUGUGUCCAUUUUUCCUUAUGAUUACAAAACUGCCAGUGCUUUAUGGAGUCUGAUCACAAGACUAUAGUUUCUCCACAGAUCUCAGGAAGUUGUGGUAGGGUAGAGGCUUUUUAAAUGUGACAUGGGAACUAUAUCUGAAUAAUGACUUUUUAGGUAAAGCCUGACAACAUACAAAAUCAUGUCGGUGACUUCAGAUUUUGGAAGUAAAAUUGUGUCUUUGUUAUUUGCAGUCCUUAGAAACUUGAAUAAGUAUCUGAACUCAUGUUUCUAUUCUACUGUGCAACAUAGUGGUGAUUAAGAAAUUUUUCCUUUGGGGGAAAAAUGAAUAUGAACAUUCCCAUUGUGUUGUGUUAAAAGGUCCAACCAUGGUCAUAAAAUUUAUACAAUUA